AUAAGUUCACCAUAAGUUCAAAGUCCUGGUUUAUUUUGAUACCUUUCUCUGAUUGUUUUUGUUUAAUAUUUCUAAAAUGAUAAAGAAUUUUUCUAAAUUAGUGCAAACACUUGCUCCAACAAGUGUUAGACAGACAAGAUGCAUAGCUUCACUGUCAGCCCUCUCAGACACUUACCAAAUGUUAUACAAGACAUGUCGAGACUUUGCUGAAGGGGAACUGAAGCCCAACGCCGCUAAGUUCGACCGCGAACAUUUGUACCCUGGCGAUGCAAUAAAAAAAAUGGGUGAACUGGGCCUUAUGGCCAUAGCGGUACCGGAAGAACUCGGCGGUGCUGGUCUGGACUACCUCGCUUAUGCUAUAGCCCUGGAAGAGAUCUCAAGAGGAUGUGCGUCAGCUGGAGUGAUAAUGUCUGUCAACAACUCACUUUACUUAGGGCCCGUUAUGCACUGGGGCUCUGACAAACAAAAGGAGCAAUUUGUAACACCAUUUUGUUCUGGUGAAAUAGUUGGUUGUUUUGCUCUCUCUGAGCCUGGCAAUGGAUCAGAUGCUGGGGCAGCUUCCACCACUGCUAAAGAUGCUGGUGACAAGUGGACUCUGAAUGGCACAAAAUGUUGGAUAACCAAUGGUUAUGAGAGUAAAGCCUCUGUGGUCUUUGCAACCACGGACAAAAGUCUGAAACACAAAGGCAUAUCAGCUUUUAUAGUACCAAAACCUAUUAAAGGUUUAGAAUUAGGGAAGAAGGAGGAUAAAUUAGGUAUUAGGGGUUCAUCAACUUGUUCCCUCAUGUUUGAAGACUGUCAUAUUCCAAAAGAGAAUAUUCUUGGUCAGCCAGGCCUGGGCUUCAAGAUUGCUAUGAUGACUUUAGAUGCUGGAAGGAUUGGCAUUGCUUCACAGGCUUUGGGUAUAGCUCAGGCAUCUUUAGAUGUAGCUGCUGAAUAUGCAUCUAAGCGCACAGCAUUUGGGAAACCUAUCAUGAAACUGCAGUCUAUCCAGAAUAAGUUGGCUGAUAUGGCUCUACAACUGGAGUCUGCAAGAUUGUUGACUUGGAGGGCUGCUUGGUUGAAGGACAAUAAGAAGCCUUACACCAAAGAGGCAGCUAUGGCUAAACUGGCAGCUUCAGAAGCAGCUACUUUCUUAUCUCAUCAAUGUAUACAAAUUCUUGGUGGAAUGGGAUAUGUAUCAGAUAUGCCAGCAGAAAGACACUACAGGGAUGCAAGGAUCACAGAAAUAUAUGAAGGAACCUCUGAAAUCCAGAGGCUUGUCAUAGCAGGACAAUUGAUUAAGGAGUAUGGUCUCAAUUAACCCUCAGUAUAAUUACUAAUUACUGUAGUUUUAAGCAUAAGACUGUUGUAUUACCCAAUUUUAGUAUAAUUUAC